ACGAGCCUGUUACAGUCUUAGGGGAGUUCAGGCGAAGGUUACAGCGAGGGCGAAUGCUUGACCUUCAAAAUUACUCUGAACUGUGUGAGGGAAAGACCACGGAGAUAUUUGUCUCUCGUUACCGCCUCUUCGAUGAUGCUAUGGAAGAGAUAUUGAGGGAUGAUCCGCCAGCGAUUGAUUUCAGUGUACCUUUAGAGGUGAUCUUCACCGGCGAGGGCGCUCAAGAUUAUGGUGGUCCAAGGCGGGAAUUUUUGGGCAUGGUGAUGCGCGAAAUACGUGACAAGCUCUUCAAGGAAGAAAGAGAAGGCUACAUCAUUUUUGAGAAAAAAGAAGCACUAGACAGGAAAUAUUAUUAUGGAGCUGGCCUCUUUUUUGGUUUCAGUUUGUUGCAAGGUGGUCCUUUGCCUACUUUCCUUGCUGAAGACCAGCUUCAGCGAAUCUUCAAAAAAGAUGAUUUGACUAAUCUGGGGGAAGCAGAAACCCAAUUUCGGGUAGGACUCGAGAGAUUCGGACUCGUUGAGCUCCUUCAUGGGAAACCGAGUCUUUCAUUCCUCUUCCGAAAGACAGCAGUGCUGCCUAUGACAUACCCCAAACUGGUGAAACUGCUGGACCCUAUUUUUUCCGACGAAGCGACCAACCAAAGGCAGCGGAAAGAGCGAACAUACACACUGUUCCUGAAUUUACUUGAAAGAGCUGGAAGAGGGGUAGAUGGCAAUAUAUCUCUCCAUAGCAUUUUAAAGUUCGUCACUGGAUGCGAGAACGAGCCUGUUCUGGGUUUCCAAAUGAAGCCCACUAUUUGUUUUGAUACGAAUAUGCCAUCUUGCCUUCCUAUGGGCAACACUUGUAUUAGCAGGCCGACUUUGCCGAUAGGUGAGAAUGUAUCAAUGACCAAGGAAGAAGUGUUCUCUUUCUUUGACUACGCUUUCGAAAAUGAUUACUUUGGCCUUCUCUAAGUGAAACUACUGAUUUCUGAUUGAUUCUCUUUGACAAGGUGUUUUUUAAUUUAUAAGUUGAAUUUAGUUUACAGCAGCAUUGUUGAGGCGAAAAUUCGUGUUCAUUACACAAACUUUAAAAGUCUAGUUAAAAAAAAGAGCGUUAGUUUAGGCUGUACACCAAAGGGUCAGUUGGUGCAACUCAUACAAGCAAUAUUGUGUAUAUGUUUGUGUUUGCCCUUUAUUGAAUUCUGAUUAUGAUGAAGAUUUUAAUAGCGUGGAAAUGGGCCUGAGAUGAACGAAAUGAAAAUACAUUGAAAAGAACAAAGUUUAUGUGUUAAUGU